AUGAAAAAUCUUGGCCUUUGUGGUGGAUGGAUAAACUUGCCACCAUGCUCUCAUUCCAAUCGCAAACACCCAGUAGUCUCCAAAAAGGUAACAAUUCCUGUUGUAGUCGGCAUUGCAAUAUUGAUCAUGUCUCUUCUAUUGGUAGUAUAUUCCUAUAGAUCAUGUAGACAUUCUAGUGCCCCUGCUCUCAAAGUAUGGCCUCCAAAAAUAUCAUAUGAAGAACUUGUAAAUGCAACUGGUGGGUUCAAUGAUGAAAAUCUUUUAGGAAUGGGUAGUUUUGGGUCUGUUUAUAAAGGGAUUCUAAAGAAUGGAACAAAUAUUGCUGUUAAAGUUCUCAAGUUGCAAGAUGAACAUGUUCACCAAAGUUUCAGUAGAGAAUGCAAUGCAUUAAAGAGAGUUCGACAUCGGAAUGUAAUUAAAAUCAUUUCAGCAUGCUCCAACCUUGAUUUUAAGGCCUUAAUUCUUCCAUUCAUGUCAAAUGGAAGUUUAGAGAAAUGGCUAUACCCUCCUGAAGGGGGUAGAUGCAGAUUAAAUUUGAGUGAUCGAAUAAGGAUAGCAAUGGAGAUAGCACAAGGAAUGGCAUACCUCCACCAUUAUUGCUUUGUUCAAGUGAUUCACUGUGAUCUCAAGCCCAAUAAUGUUCUAUUAGGAGAUGACAUGACUUCAUACAUAGCAGAUUUUAGCAUUUCCAAUAUUAUUUUUGAAAAAUCCAUGAAUUCUUUGACUUCUACAGAUGCACUUAAAGGAUAUGUUGGCUACAUUGCACCGGAGUAUGGAAUGGGUGGAAAUCUUACUACGAAAGGAGAUGUGUACAGUUAUGGAAUUUUGAUUUUAGAGUUGUUGACAAGGAAGAGACCAACAGAGGAUAUAUUCGGUGAAGGAAUGAAUCUACAAAAAUGGAUAGAAAUGCAUUUUCCUAAUAGAAUCUCAGAUGUGGUGGAUAAUUCUCUACUAAUAGAUGCUCAUGAAUCAGAGACAUCAAUGGUAAUGGAAUGCCUUACUCAAUUUAUACAAAUUGGGUUGUUUUGCACAAGGGAGUCACCUCAAGAGCGACCUGAUAUGACUAAGAUAAUUGAUAGAUUAAAUACAAUUAGAGGUGUAUUUCUUGGUACCCCUAAAACUCCUCAAUUACCAAUAGAUAUUGCACCUUUUAUUGAUAAUGAAAGAAAUAUGAAAAUGCCUGAGAGGGAAAAUAGAGGAAGUUCGUCUAUAUCUACAUCCUAA